AGCUGAAUGGAUAUUGUCUUCAAAAAUCAAAGGAAAUGCAGAGCCCAUCAGGACAACUUCUUAACUGGACCAGACAAUGCAACCUAAGAUAAGGGAUGGAACAGCUAAGUGGGGCGAACACGGAGUUUGCGCUGAGCCUGUACCGCCAGCUGUGCGGGGACGGCGGGAACGUGUUCUUCUCGCCGUACAGCAUCUCCGUGGCGCUGGCCAUGACGUCCCUCGGCGCUUGCGGCAGUACGGAGGCCGCCAUGAAGGGGACGCUGUGCUUCAAGGACAUGUCUAAUGACGUCCUGCACAGCACUUUCUCCACACUGCACCAACAGCUGUAUGCAAGUGACAAGUGCACCCUGCAGACAGCUAACCGUCUGUACGGGGAGCAGACCUACAGCUUCCUGCAGGACUUCCUCGACGCCACCAGGAAGAACUACGGGGCAGAGCUGGCUUCUGUGGACUUCAAGGGGGCAGCUGAGCAGGUGCGAGGAAACAUCAACAAGUGGGUGGAGGAGCAAACCAAGGACAAGAUCAAAGACCUGAUCCCAGCAGGAGCAGUGGAUUCAAUGACGAGGCUAGUGCUGGUGAAUGCCAUCUACUUUAAGGGAACCUGGCACAAGCAGUUUACGACAAAAGCCACAUGGGACGAGGACUUCAACAUCAACAAUAAUGAGAAAGUCAAGGUGCCUAUGAUGAAGAUGGAGGACAAGUUCAACUAUGGUAAAUUUAAGGACCUGAAGUUCUGUGUCUUGGAGCUUCCUUACGUGGGGAAGGAACUAAGCAUGCUCAUCUUCCUUCCAGAUGAAGUGGAGGGUAUCAGGGACCUUGAGUCAGCCCUGACAGCAACGAUCUUGCAGACUGUCAGCAGCCAGAUGAAAAAGAGGAUGAUUAGAGUGAGGCUGCCCCGCUUCAAACUGGAGCAGGACUUUUCACUGGGUAACACCCUUAAGAAGAUGGGCAUGGGAGAGGCUUUUGGCGACGGAGCAGAUUUCUCUGGCAUGUCGGCCGCUGCGGAUCUCUUUAUCUCUGAGGUGGUGCACAAGGCUUUUGUGGAGGUGAACGAAGAAGGAACACAGGCCGCUGCCGGCUCAGGUUUGACGGUUUAUAGUAUGGAUUCUGGGGAGCCGAAGUCGUUCAUCGCUGACCAUCCCUUCAUCUUUCUCAUCAGAGACAAUCGCUCCAACUCUGUCCUCUUCUUCGGCAAACUGCAGAAGCCACUGUGAAGUUGAUUCAAGAGUUCUGUCAAAUGCUCUUAUAACACCCAAAACCAAGUUAGAUGACGUUGCUUUAAAGAAGUACAGUCAAACUCAUACAAGUGACUGUCUGGACAAUAUUAUCACUUUUUGGUCAGGCCAACUAGAUAAUUUUCCAUUGACACAAGCAUCAAGUGACUACAGUCUACAGUGAUACAUACAAUACAGUGACCCCCUGUCCACGUAGACAAUUGUAUUGCUUCCCAGGGUGGUCUUCUUGGUGAGGUUUGACAUUGUAGGUCUGGAGUGGUUUUUAUAAGGGAGAAGCUUAAUAGCUUUAAGAACUGUGCAGAAAAAUGAAACAAGGAUACAUUUGGUUUCUGGUGUAGUGAUGCUUGGAUGUUCGAUGCCUGCACCUGCUACUUGGUUCAUCGUCAACAGUCCCUUCAUGUUUUUCAUCAGAGACAACCCCACCAACUCUUUCCUCUUUUGUGGCAAAUUGCAGGAGCCACUUUGAUUUGCAGCAAGAAUCAAAAGAUCAAAUCCAUUCAAUCUUCAUCAAAUCAACACAGAAGUCACAGACUUAAAUUUGCAGCAAGAAUCAAGAGGAAAAAAUGUGUAUUUGAGAUUGUCAUCCAAAUUUUGUCGUGCCUGAUUCCAAUCGCAAUAUAUUUUAAUUUGCAACGAAUCAUUAGUUCAUGUUUUUGCCAUUGAAUAAUUGAUAGUUGUUAUCAAAGAUUUUGAAUGUUGAGUGGUGAUUUCAUUGAGGAGUAUUCUAAAGAUUAUUAAAAAUUAACACUUGACACUUAUCAUUAAUAA